AUGCCAUCCACAAACAAUAUUGCUUUCACAGCCCCGAUCAACCCACCAGGACUCUCACCCGUCCUAGCUGUGGACCAAAUCUGGAAAGGGCUCCUCCUCAAAAUCCGCAGCGCAGAAACCUUCGUCCCAGCAGCGAUCCAAUCCACAAAGGUCGUGAGCGAAUCCUACGAUGACAAUGGCAACCCCGUGACCGUCCGCGAAGUCCUUUUCCGUGAAUCUCAGAAGACAGUCCAAGAAACUGUUACCGCGUUUGAGGCUGGUCGUGUGGAGUUUGUGCAGCCUGAUGGGAGCAAGAUCAAUAAUGUGAUCAGUGAGGGCGCUGAUGGAGAGCUUUAUAUGACUUACAUCUUUGAGUGGAGGCACCCUGGGGUUUCCAAGGAGGAAUUGGCUGCGUUGGCUGAGAAGGAGAGGAAGAUGAGCCAGAUGGCCGUUGAGGGGACUAUUAAGGUGUUGAGGCAGUUGGUUGAGGAGAAGAAGCUCUAA